AAUUAGUGAGAGCUCUCAAAUAUGUAUACCUAUAUAUAAUAUAGAUAGAUUGAAUCAAACAUCGAAAUUCACAUCAUAUAUAAAACGCAACCAAAACUCUAUCUCUACUGCUUCAAUUCAUUUCCUCUGCUGCAAAUUUCAAUAAUACCGUCUUCCAUUUUCAUGGAUAUCGUCAAGAAAAGCAGUGGAGCUGAAGUAAUCACUGUGGAUAUCAAUGCAGCUAAAGAUCUGCUCACUCAUGGCCACCGCUAUCUUGAUGUUAGGACUGAAGAAGAAUUCAAGAAAGGUCAUCUGGAGAAUGCUUUGAACAUUCCUUACAUGUUUAGUACUCCAGAAGGCAGGGUGAAAAAUCCCAAGUUCUUGGAGCAGGUUAUGGCCAUUUGUGGCAAGGAAGAUAAUCUUGUAGUGGGUUGCCAAAGUGGGGUUAGAUCUGUGUAUGCAACUAGGGAUCUUCUUGAUGCCGAAUUCAAGCGUGUGCUCAACAUGGGUGGGGGAUAUAUUGCCUGGGUUGGAAAUGGAUUUGCAGUGAAGAAGUCAGAUAAUGUUGAAAUAUGAUUUGAAUAAUAUUUAAUAUCCCUUUUAUUGCACCCAUAACUAGAUCUUUUGUAAUAAAAGAACUGUCUUGAGCUUCAGUAUUGGAUUAUGUAGUAUAAUUUCAUGCUUCUCAA